AUGGACUUCACAGAAGAGGUCUUCCUAUGGAGCGUCACAGAUGCCGCUGCGAUCUUUCUCCCUGGAUGCAGAGCAUUGGCAGGAGUGCUGACCAAGAAGUCACAAUUUAUAAAGGGACCCAACAUCGAUAUUUCCUCGGUUCCAUUCAGAACCUCCAGCCUUCCUGCCCAACCGGGAGCCGUCAACUCAGGAGAACCAGCAGUUUUGGCACGCUCCCGGGUUCCGUCCACGUUCGGCGCCCGGGUGGCUGCGGGCGGCCCAGCGGAUUCAGCGGAAGCGGUGGCCGGAACUACCAAAGUGGGCGGCACGAAGGUGCCAAUUUCUAGGCAGAAACUGGCGACUUCUGAAAAAAAGCUGUCCUGUCAUGAGACGGAACCGGAGCAACUAGAUUGGAGCGUCGGGCUUGCUGCAACACGGCGUCAAGAUGCUUCGUUGAAUGAGAGUCUUGGCAGAAGCCAAGAGUUUGGUGGGGGAAGAAUUAUGAAACUGGGCUUUGGGUUGUGCGGUUUUACCAGUUUGAGCGUUGGGGUCUCCUAUCUUGUUUGGCGCUACGUAAGCAGGGGGAGGCGCGAAGGCCAAUCUAUGUGGGGAGAAUGGAAGAAGCAGUCGCGGCUUGAGAAGAUCGUCGCACGGGCGAUUCUGCUUGCAAACAGAGUCUAUUUGGCGGGGAGGGUCUCGCGUUAUAAAGACCUGUUGGAGGAGAAACGGGAAAGCAAAGAUUCUGCAGAUGAGAUCAGGGAUUCUCGGAGAAUGAAUUCCGAGUCGCUGCGCAGGCGCGCAACGUGCACUCAGGCUGUCGUCAUCUUGAACGAAUACGGAUUUCAAAACUUGGUCUAG